UGGUUGCGUCAGAGUCCUUGAAGGGUCUUACAGAUGAAGACGGAUUCCAGGCUAAACGCUGCCGGAGCCAGAGAGCAGCUCACUUUAUUUCACGGAAUGGGGCCAUGAAGAACCACCGGAGUCCAUGCGAGAGACAGGAUGCCUUAGAGCCAGAGGGCUCCGAGCUUCAGCCAGAAGAUCCAAGGUGACAGCUGGAUCCACGGCGGAUGACAACAUGAAGCCUUUCUUGCACCGUCCAGCACACAGGCAGAUGUUGUUGGGACUUAUUGUUCUGAGUUGUCUAGUUUUGAUGAUACUCUCCCUGCUGCGGAUACACACAAGAACAGAGGAACCAUAUCAGUUUUAUGUCAACUCUGCACAUAAACGGCUGGUGCAUGAGAACGCACGGCGCGUUCUGGAAGGACAGUGUCGCCCCGGAGGCAGCAGAGAGAAGCUGCUCACUCUGUUCCCGUCUGCCAGCAGCGCCGUCCAGCCCUUCCUGUGGAGGGACCAGCCGCUCCCCGCCCAGCUCCUCCUCUACCCGCCGCCGUUUGGCUUCAAAGGGCUUAAAGACAAAGUCGAGAACCUGCUGACGCUGCUGCCAGCGGCCCACCCUGACCCGGGACCGGAGGAGGCUUCCAGGAAGUGUCGCCGCUGUGUGGUGGUGGGGAACGGUGGCGUGCUGAAGGGGCUGGAGCUCGGUCAGCAGAUCGACCGUUUCCACACCAUAAUCAGGUUGAACAGCGGCCCUCUGGGAAAGCACACAGCUGACGUGGGGAAUCGAACCAGCAUCAGGAUGAGUUAUCCUGAGGGCACCCCCCUCUGCUGGAUGGACACAGACCCUCAUUCUGUGUUCGUGGCCGUGAUCUUCAAAGGCGUUGACCUCAGCUGGAUCUCAGCCAUGAUCAGGAAGCUCAGCGUGACGUUUUGGGAGUGGGUCUUCUUCUGGCAGAGGGUUCCACAGAAAAUUCCUCUAGAUCCCUCAAGGUUCCGACUUCUGAAUCCUGACGUCGUCAGGCAGACUGCCUUGGACUUCCUGGAAUACCCUGAGCCUAGGUAUCGCCUGUGGGGCUGGGACCAGAAUGUACCGACGCUGGGCGUGACUGCACUGAGCUUAGCCAGCCUGCUCUGUGACGAGGUCAGCCUGGCGGGAUUCGGCUACAACCUGUCCCAGCAGGGGGCGCCGCUGCACUACUACGACAACCUGCCCAUGAGCCUCAUGCAGCAGCAGAACAUGCACAACGUGGACAAAGAAACUCAGUACCUGCACAGACUGGUGAGAGAGGGGGUGGUUAGCGACCUGACUGGAGGAAUCCAUUGCUCCUUCUGCUCCAGCUGACCACAUCCCAAGGUCCACCCCAUCCCAAAGGUGUUUCACUGCACCACAAGCUCUGUUUUUGAAACUUUGCUGAAAUGCAUGAGCAAAGGACAAUGAAGAACGCAGAGAUUUUAUGCUUUUAUGGUCUUAAUUUAUACUUCAGUUUCAGAUCUCCUGACAGAUAUUUGAAGCUGGCUUCAGAUAUUUAGGCCCAAGCAGCUAAGCACUGCGAAGGCCUAUUGUUUCUGUACUGUUUCUUAUUAUGAUUCUCCCUCCAAAUGAAUUGGCUUUUUGGGGGCUUUAUCAUAUUCAAAAACUCACCAAACUUGGCGGAGGCCUUAAGCCUGUUUCAAAUUUACGUAUUUUAAAGUCGUCGCAAAAUUGCAACAGAAAUGGCUCAAUAGCGCCACCUAGAAAUUUUCAAAGGACCCUUGCUAUUCACUUACUUCAUCGUAGAGACAUGAAAUUUGGUACACUUGUAGAGCUCCCCAAGAUGCUCAAAAUUUACAAUUAAUGUCAUAGUGCAAGUAUCACAGGAAGUCAGCCAUUUUGGAUUGAAGGUCCAAUUUUCACCCCAUUUUUGGCGUUUACAGCCUUCGUAUUUGAUCGAACUCCUCCUAGGGAUUUCAAUUGAUCGGCUUCAAACUCGGUCAGUCUGUUCAUAAGGCAUGUCCCAUCUAAAGUUAUCAAAACGGUGAGUUUUUGAGUAUGCUGAAGGGGAGUUAGCAGGGGUCAAAGUUCACCUACUCGCCGUAAAAAAAUAAACUGCUAUAUCUCCUACACAGAAACUCACAGAGGCACCAAAGUUUCUGUGAUUGAUCAUCAUCGGGUGUCCUACAAUACCCUAUGGUCGAAUGAUGACAUCACUUAGGCCACGCCCCCUGAGAACAGGAAGUGUAAUGUUUUACUUUGAAAGGUUGCUAUCUGACCCCUUUGACCUCAUCAACAUGAAACUGUGCCCAGAGACAGAAAACACGGUGGUGUGUUGAGGAUUCCAACCCCGACCAGCUUUGAUGGAGCAGGUGGCCGUGGCGGCGUGGCGAAGUGACCUCUAACGCCAUCGCCAUACGUUUGGCUCUCAAUUCCACAUUUUCGGGCCCAGCUGCUCCAAACUCACAAGGAUGGAUCCUCAUACACUCCCUUACAGGAAUCCAUCACAAUAUUUGUAGGGCGUGGCGUAAUUUCUCUCUAGCGCCCCCUAGAAAAUUGGGGGCAAGUUAACAUAUUAAUUAUUUAAAUAUACAUUAAUAUAAGUUUUUUUAAAAUAUAAGUUUGUUUUGUGGGUUAGAGUACAAACAUUCAUUAAUUUUGGCUAGAAAUAAUACAAACAUCGUCAUUCAGCAAAACGUGUAUUCGCCACUAUUCUCACUACACAAAUGACAGCUCCGCUGAGUAACUGGGGUCAGUGUUGAUGGAGUACCACUGCCCCCUGGUGGCGCAAUACAGGUACUGCUGGCGCAAUACCUGUAUUGCGCCAGCAGGAGGCAGUGGUACUCCAUCAAUGACAAAACAGACCGACAGUGGAAACUUUUCGAGCGCGUUUGCCGUGAGAUUUCCAGCGCGGCAGGUGCAAAGAGCCCAUUGCUGUUCGUUUAAAAAGUCGUAACUCGCGGUGCGGUGAGUAAUUUAUUCCUUCCUGCUGGUUCUGGAAGCCGUCAUGUUUGGAACAGUUAUUCUGAGGAGGAUGCUAACCCAAUGCCUGAGGCCUGCAAUGUUUUUAAUGCUAACGAAGCACUUUACUAAUUCAAUAAACUGAAUAGUGUGUUUGAUACAUCCAGUUUCAUACAUUCAGACUUGUUUGUUAUUAUGUAUAGAAGAUGUUUAAAAUGUCGUUUGAAAGAGCUCUGAGAAAAUGCUAAGUAUCUUAUUACCCAUCCAAUGGGGUUGUAAUAUUUAGUUGCAGCACUUCCUGUGAUUAAUACCUAAUUAAUGGAUGGGAUUCAGCCUGUGCUAUUGUUCUAAUGUGCUGAAAGUUAACUGUGCUCUGUUAAUGUGCAUUGCCCUUGGUUUAUUACUGAACAGUACGGUUUAUUAAACUGAUACAUCUUAACCUUCACCAUUUUCCUGACUCAUUUCACGAUAACGUUAAAGUUGCACUGCAUUUAGAUCUCAGUUGUAGUUCACAUCAAAGCAUGUGGGUGUGGCUUAGUGUAAAACUUUCACUAUUUGCCAUGAAACAUCAACAUUAAAUUACUUCCAAAUGCAAGAUCACAGCUGCAUCACACUUCCUCUGUCUUUCUAGAGAACAGAUUUCCAUGGUCACUUGAUGACCUCACUGUAGCCCCGCCCACUCUUAAGAGGCAGUCACAUGUUUUUUCUGCUGUAUAUUUUACUGUUAUUCUAUAAUUUAUAUGGGUUUCAUCAUGUGAAUACUGACUAAAAACGAUAACAUAAUGAACUCUAUGAAUGCUGGCUGCUGACCAACCGCAUUGGGGUGUAGAAAUGACAAAAUGCAUUCCUUCGCCAUGUGCAUACGAUCGGCUCUGAAUGACACGUGGAUGAUCCCACAGGCGCCAAAUUGAAUACGUAUGACCUUUGUUGACCUCUAAAGAGCAAAACAGCAUUGAAAUGUAUUUUGACUCCACUGCGCCCCCUACAUUAAUCCGCCAGCUAUAUUUCCUCGCUAAACCAAUGAAUCUGCCCCACAUUUUUUUGCAUCGUCAAGGAGCGCCGCCGAACGCAUCGAUGCGUACCGCCUGGUGGACGGGCGCGGAAACUGCACAACAACUUCUAUGUUGGAACGUGGGAAGCGUUGAUGGAAACUGAGCAACAGCUUCCGCAGUGCGGGCGGAGGCGCUGAAAACUGCGUGAGAGCUUCUGUGGUGGCUGGCGUCAGGCGGCGGUUGCUUGUACCCCGCGGUGGCCAAUAGGCCGGAGCGGCGCUUGGCUGCGAGGGCCAUUCGAGGCUGCUUGCAGCUUUAAUUAUUAUUUUGCCCCCCUAAUAAGGGGCCUUUUUGGAGGCUUUAUCAUAUUCAAAAACUCACCAAACUUGGCGGAGUCCUUAAGCCUGUUUAAAAAUUUUGAUUUUUAAGGUCAUCGCAAAAUCCCACAAGAAAUGGCUCAAUAGCGCCACCUAGAAAUUUUCAAAGGACCCUUUUCUAUUCAUUUACUUUAUCCUAGAGACAUAAAAUUUGGUACACUUGUAGAGCUCCCCAAGAUGCUCAAAAUUUACAAUUAAUGUCAUAGUGCAAGUAUCACAGGAAGUCAGCCAUUUUGGAUUGAAGUUCGGAUUUUGACCCCAUUUUUGCCGUUUACAGCCUUCGUAUUUGAUCGAACUCCUCCUAGGGAUUUUGAUUGAUCGGCUUCAAACUCGGGCAGUCUGUUCAUAAGGCAUGUCCCAUCUAAAGUUAUCAAAACAGUGAGUUUUUGAGUAUGCUGAAGGGGGGUUAGCAGGGGUCAAAGAUCACCUACUCGCCAUAAAAAAUAAACUGCUAUAUCUCCUAGACAGAAACUCACAGAGGCACCAAAGUUUCUGUGAUUGAUCAUCAUCAGGUGUCCUACAAUACCCUAUGGUCGAAUGAUUACAUCACUUAGGCCACGCCCCCUGAGAACAGGAAGUGUAAUGUUUUACUGUGAAAGGUCGCUAUCUGACCCCUUUGACCUCAUCAACAUGAAACUGUGCCCAGAGACAGAAGACAUGUUGGUGUGUUGAGGAUUCCAACCCCGACCAGCUUCGAUGGAGCAGGUGGGCGUGGCGGCGUGGAGAACUUUGACGAUUUGCCGUGAAACAUCAAGAUUGAAUAACUUCCAAAUGCAAGAUUACAGCUGCUUCACACUUACUAUGUCUCUCUACAGAACAGUCCUGAACACAUUUCCAUGGCCACUUGAUGAAAUAACCUUAGCCCAGCUAACACCACAGCACCCUAUGAAAUAUAGGUUAUGUUAUGCAGGUUAACAUUAAUUAUUUAAAUAUACAUUAUUAUAAGUUUUCUUUUAUUUUUUUUAAUAAGUUUGUUUUGUGGGUUAGAGUACAAACAUUAAUUCAUUUUGGCUAGAAAUAAUACAAACGUCAUUCAGCAGCAGUAACUGUUUAUAAACAAUUUCAGUAAUUCGCCACUUGGGGUCAGUAUUGCUCCACAAAUGAAACAGCGGAUAAACAGGAUGAAGAACAAUAUCAGUAUUUCGCCAGUAGGUGUCAGUGUUACUCCACCAAUGACAAACAGAUCCACGGGCGGAUGGGCGUGAAAACUUUGUGAGAGCGUUGCCGUGACAUUUCUAAAAGGAUAGAAAUGUCUCAGAUAAUUUUUGUUGAAUUAAAUCAUGCAGUAAAUGUAGCGUUUUGUUACUGCUUACAAACCAUUUCAGUAAUUCGCCACUCUGAGUAAGUAUUGCUCCAACAAUGAAGUAGAGUGCUUUAGAAACACAGCUGAAGAUGAUGAAAAAUGAAGAACUGCAGUACUUCGCCAUGUGCAUACAUCGGCUGUAAAUGACACGUGGAUCAUUCGACUGGCGCCAAAUUGGAUAUGUAUGACCUUUGUUGACCUCUAAAGAGCAAAACAGCAUUGAAAUGUAUUUUGACUCCACUGCGCCCCCUACAUUAAUCUGCCAGCUAUAUUUCCUCGCUAAACCAAUGAAUCUGGACCACAUUUUUUGCAUCGUCAAGGAGCGCCGCCGAACGCAUCGAUGCGUACCGCCUGGUGGACGGGCGCGGAAACUGCGCAACAACUUAUGUGUUAGAACGUGGGAAGCGUUGAUGGAAACUGAGCAACAGCUUCCGCGGUGCGGGCGGAGGUUGCUGAAAACUGCGUGAGAGCUUCUGUGGUGGCUGGCGUCGGGCGGCGGUUGCUUGUACCCCGCGGUGGCCAAUAGGCCGGAGCGGCGCUUGGCUGCGAGGGCCGUUCGAGGCUGCUUGAAGCUUUAAUUUAUUUUUAUGUUGUGAAAGCUGCUCAUCAUUCUAAUACUGACAUUUUAUACUACUAAAACAGUGUUUGAGAACUCGCUUGAAAGUUUUUAGUUUAUUUCUUACUGCGUUUUAAACAAAAAGCAUAGACAAUCUUUUUGGUGCAUCUAAUUAUUUUGUGUUGUCAUAAAGAAAUAAAAUAUGUAGAAGAACACCAGUCAUGUGUGCUUCUCUGAUUUAUUUAUCCUAAAUCAACUGGAUUAUUUUUUGUUUGGUUCCUGUACAUUUAAUUCAUGUGUUUGAAUAAUGGACAUCCAAACCACAUCCACUGGUUAACCACCACCACAACCAGUCGAAUGUAAAUUAUUUUCAUGGACUUAAUGAUUUUCAAUAUAAAACCUCUAAAGUUUUAGCUUAAGCUCAGCUUGAUUGUCCACCCGUCUGGCUGAGUUAAAGGCUAAAUGGACAGAUUUAACAGAUUCAACAUCAUCAAAAAAUUAACAGUUUCCUCCUUCAUAAAAAUAAAAAAUAAAAAACCUGACCACAAAACCAUAUAUAGGUAAAAAUUAUAACCACGUUUUUGCUAAAGUUAUUCAUAAGGUUCAAGUAGUGCCUUAAUCCAAAGUUGCAAUUUUCCACAUAGCUUUAGGAAUUGCUUUGUUUGAGUGAAGCUCGGUGAAAUUGGAAUAUGAUUUCAUCAAGACAAGACGGCAGCAGCUCAAUAUAGUUUUCUGGUAAUAUCAAUGACCAACAGAAGAGUGAAUAGAGGAAAAGGGGGAAAAGCAAGAUUUAGAAGGAACAAAUCUGGGAGAAAUGGUUCAAAGUUAAAAUCGCAUACAAGAAGGAGGCACCAGAAUAUCUCAGAUCCGGUGAGAUUUUAGAGAUUUACAGAAUUUAGGCACAUGCUAAUGUAGCUGAGUUGAUUUUAUUUACUUAUUUUUUAUAAUUAUUAUAUGAACCUUCUCAAAACACUUUUUGUAGAAUUGACAUGUCUGUUGUUUUUGGUUCCUGAUGUCGUUCUGGGAGGGUGGUUAUUGAUGUCGCACAGAGUGGGUUCUGUGAGGUAGCUGCAGCAGCCAGGCAGAAGCUGCCUACACAGCUGCUGGUAAGACGUGCUAAUGCUACCCCCCACUCUUAGUGAUGUUUAUGAUGUUUAUAAUUGUUCUCAGACUUUUGUACUUUUAAAUUAAAAUGUUAAUUGUUUUUAUAUGUCUUAAGAAAGACUUUAGUUUCAGUUAGGAUUAAACUGUUGGCCUUUAAGGUUGUUUGAAAUUUUCCCUCCAAAAUGUUUGUAGAGCUGCUGGGAUCUGACUG